GGCACUGGGUCAAUGUAAAAGUGCAGAUGAGAUGAGUGCCUGCAAAACCCUUCUCUGCGCUUCACUCUCUUCCUCCUUCAUAUCUCUCCCCUCUCCGCCACCCACCGCCACCGUCCUUUCUCUCUCCUCGCUCCGCCGCCACCACCACCGCCUCACGUGGAGAUGUUGUCACACAUCAUCUCAAACCGUCCCUGCUUCCGAUUCCUCCUCAACCGAAGAUGAAGAACCAGAAGAACCCCAAUUGCAGCACCUCCUCUCCACCGCCGAGGGAGUCUCCUCGCUCAUGAAAAUGGACCGCAAGCCUCUUCUCCUCCCUCACAAGCCUCACCCUCGCUGGUUCCCUUACCUCGACCGCUUCCGCUGCGGCGACGGUUCGACCCUCACCAGCACUGAGGUCAUCGAUGCUCUCGCUCCGUGCAUCUCUGAGCCGCGGAGGCUCAGGUUCGGGAAUGCUGUUGGGAACCGGAGCUACUCUCUCUGCCUUGUGGUGGAAGGGCUUCGAGACUUCGGCAAUGUCUCCGCUUCGUUCCGCUCUGCUGAUGCUCUUGGGGUUCAGUCCGUUCAUGUUGUGUCUUCUGACGCCAACAAAAGGUAUAAAGAUAAUCGCCAUGUGAGCAUGGGUGCGGAGAAAUGGUUGGAUAUUGAACUGUGGGACUCUCCAAAGGGUUGUUUUGAUAUAUUGAAGUCACGUGGUUACCAAAUUGCCACAACUCAUUUGGGAACGGAUGCGGUUUCUAUUUAUGAAUUAGACUGGUCCCGUCCAACUGCAAUAGUAGUCGGGAAUGAAAAUAGGGGUAUUAGUGAUGAGGCUCUGGAAUUGUCAGAUUUACAUUGCAGUAUUCCAAUGAAUGGGAUGGUGGAUUCUUUCAAUGUUUCAGUUGCAGCAGGAAUCCUCAUGCACCAUGCUGUUUGUGAUAGAAUAUCUCGCACGGGUCGUCAUGGUGAUCUGACAGAAGAAGAAAGACAAAUUCUGCUUGCAGAGUUCUUGCUGCGCCAUAGCAAGAGUGCCAUUAAUGUUGUUGAAGGUUAUGCCAAACGCAAGGCAGCAACUUUGACCUAAUAGCCAUGACAAGAAGUUAAAUUUCUGCAUGUUUGAAUGUUCUUGACAAGGAUACGGCAUGAAACUAGAUCGCAUCUGGUGACUGAUUAUUCAUACAAACUAGGGAAGCAAAUGCUGCUACAUUGCAUUAGCUUAACCUUUGCGCACGAGGCUUUAUAGACAAACAGUUGGGAUCCUACCAUAGAAUACCAAGCUCCUGCUUUGACUGUAGAAUAGCCCAAUUUAUUUAUAAAUUGAGAAUGAUUUCAUAAGAAGUGCAAAUUUUUGUUUAGUUUCUGGGUAUAACUGAUUGUAAAAGACAAGGAUUUUAGUGCUUGUCCUAGUCUGAAACAUUUUGACACUAGCUAGAUGAAAAUGUAUUUUUUUUCCCAAAGAAACAUGUUGAGUUCAUCAGUAAGAAUCCAGCAAUUUUGAUUCUUGUA